AUGCCUCAGAAAUUGCAUCUGACAGCUCCUCAAAGGCAACAGUCUCAGAUGAGGAUGAGGCAGGUGGAACUUGCACUGAUAAUGGACGGGGAAUGCAGGUCCGCAGUGCCACAAGAUGGUGUAGUCUACAUGAAAGGUGCCAAGGCCUGGGAUGAGGAUUCCAUCACUGUCUCACCCGAGGGGUGUUACCCUGAGGCAAUCUUGCCCAUGUUUGACUGUGGUGAACCUCCGCCUUUUGGUCUGCUUUUGCUUUCAGUCGUUCUCACCGGAGAUUCUGCCGUUGGGAAGAGUAAUCUGCUGUCGAGAUUCACACGAAACGAGUUUAACCUGGAGAGCAAGAGCACAAUAGGAGUGGAGUUCAGCACCAGGAUCAUUCAGGUGGACGGAAAGACCAUAAAAGCACAGAUCUGGGACAUGUCAGGACAGGAGCGCUUCAGGACCAUCACUUUUUCGUUUUAUCGUGGUGCGGUCGGUGCGCUGCUGGUGUAUGACAUCACCAAACACCUGACCUAUAAGAACAUGGAGCGCUGGAUUAAAGAGCUGCGAACUCACGCCGACAACAACAUCGUCAUCAUGCUGGUGGGCAAUAAGAGCGACCUGCAGCACCGGAGGGCCGUGCCCACUGAUAAGGCCCGGGCUUUCGCAGAGAAGAAUAACCUGUCAUUCAUCGAGACGUCAGCUCUGGAUUCAACUAAUGUUGAAAAGGCCUUCAAAAACAUCCUAACAGAAAUCUACCGUAUCGUAUCACAGAAGCAGGUCGGCUCAUGACGAGUCUCUUGGGAAAUAACGUCAGUGUCCGGCCAACGGCAGACGAACAGAAGAAAUGUUCUGCUCAUUCACUUACAAAAUAUUCAAAAGCUACCAUUCAAAAGUCUGCGGUCGUCAUGAUGUCUGAUUUUAAAGUUAUCGAUACUUUAAAUUAAUAAAGAAAGCUUUAAAUUGAUCAACAUGAAUAAAGAACGCUAAUUGAUGCUGUAAUUAAUAAAGAACACUUUAAAUUGAUCAACUUUAGACUUCAAACAUGUGAACUACAGUAAAAGAGAGUAAAGCUGCUGCUAGAGUAAACCAGAGGACUUUAAUGUCAUGAUUAACAUGAGGAAAAGCCUUCAAUUGAACUGAUUACUGUAAAUCUUAAAUAUCAGAGGAAACUGUGAAGCUGAAACAGAGUAGAUCACCUCAGAUCUGCUGUAGGUUUGUGUUGAUGGAUGUUUGGCUAUCUAUCGAUCGAUCGAUCGAUCGAUCUUAUCUAUCUAUCUAUCUAUCUGUCUGUCUGUCUGUCUGUCUGUCUGUCUGUCUGUCUGUCUGUCUGUCUGUCUGUCUGUCUGUCUGUCUGUCUAUCUAUCUAUCUAUCUAUCUAUCUAUCUAUCCUACCUGACAAAAGUUGCCUGUCAGGUCCUGUGUUCCACAUGUUUGUUUUCACCAUGUGACCUUCCCCAUGUGCUCCUUCAUUCUAGUUCCCACCAUUCCAUCAUGUUCAUUAUUUCCACCUGUGUCUCACCCCUGUAUGAAAUCAGUUUCAUCAUCUCCAGUGUAUUUAUAGUCUCUGUAUCUCGUUAUUCAUGGUCCGGUAUUCUAAGUUCUAAGCUUCCUCGUCACCCCAAUGCCUCCUGUGUUAUUGAUGUCCUUCCAUGUGAGUGUUUGUAAAUAAAUCCACGUGUUUGAUAAA